CACGGCAACACCAAGCUCUCCGUGGCCACUCGGUCCAUGCUACUUGUUCGGUUCUGUUCGGAUCCAGAGGCUCUGACGUCGCCUGGUUAUUAUCCUGUAAAGAACAGCGUAAGGAACGGGAGGCUGUCAUGUCUGAGCUGCUGAAAGACAAACCUCAGAAACGAGAGAAGAAGACGGUGAAGGUUCCAACAGAGGCAAGUCAUGGAGUCAGAGGCAAGGAAACCACUGGCAGGACUAAGGACUCCAUGAGUAUUGUGUCAUCCAUUGAUGAAUUAGGACACCAUGAAGACACUCGGAUGGUGGUGACAAUGGAGAACACCUACCAGACGGGCCCUUACAAACGCUUCCCUGUCGGUGCUGUCACAGACAUACUGAAGGACGUACUCACCAAUUACCUCCAAGAAGAGAGAUAUGAAGUGGAGUGGUCCCAAAAAAUGACCAAAACAAUAUGUGAGGUGACACGAGCCCGUGUGAAGGAUCUCAUGAUUCCCAGAUAUAAGGUGGUCGUCCUGGUCCACAUCGGCCAGCUCACUGGCCAGAGCAUGCAAAUCAGCAGCCGCUGUCUGUGGGAUAAAUCCAACGACACAUUCGCCACCUACUCUUUCAAGAACAGCUCUCUGUUUGGAAUGGCAACUGUCUAUGGUGUUUACUUUGAAUGA